AUGGGGAGUGAACUGUUGAUCAUUGUUACUCGAGCUGCUCAAAAGGGAUUCCGUUGUGAUUCAGAAGCAAAGGUUCAAUUUCUCCGUGAACAAAAGAUUCCCUUCGAUGUCCAAGAUGAACACGGUCGAAUCUCUCUCUUUGAUGCCGUGCAGAUGGGUCAUUACGAAGUCGCCAAGCUCCUACUUGAAGCAGGUGCCAAUCCUAACACCACCGAGCGUGGAGCUCUAGCGCCAAUACCUUAUGAUGCAAAGGGGCCCCUCAGAUUUCGAAAUCAGCCAGAUAAGGUUGCUACCCAUACACCGCUGUUCUUUGCAGCAGGAACUGGAGACGACCGCAUGGUUGAGCUUCUGCUAUCUCACAGUGCAGAGCCUGACCAUGAAAAUAAAUACGGCGAGACCGAUAAUGUGGGCUGCUGGGAGAGGAUUUGA